ACACGAGCUUCUCAUUCCGGGCGGAAACGCUGAGGCAGAUGUGAAGGCUCCUGGAUCAGGAAACUCCUGGCGAGAUAAACAAUGCUGCAGUUGCAUUUUACUAAAGAAACACUGGCCGACAAUGUCAGCAGUGAUUUUCAAACCUUGAAUAAAUUCAGUGAGCAGCAAUAUCAGAGCUUGACUGAUUUAUUGUACCAGUUUCUGUUGGAGCCUAAAGAGUCGGAGCGCUUUCUCGCCCAGCUGAGCGAAUUUGCCGGAGAGAAUGGCAUGGGCGCAGGUCCACUUCGCAGCCUAAUGAAGAGCAUUCUGCUGCUUCCGCAUGGUGCAAUGAAGAAGAACCUGACAGCUGAGCAGGUGAAAGAAGACCUUCUCUCACUAGGUUUGACCGAAGACAAGGCCAGUCACUUCUCUGAUCAGUGGAGGAUUCACUACCCAGUGUUGUCCAGACUGGCAGUUGCACAGACACUGAUGGUCAACCAGCUGGUGGAUAUGGAAUGGAAAUUUGGUGUUACUGUAGGAACGAGUGAACUACAGAAGGCUGGAAACAUCUUCCUGCAGCUUAAGCUGGUGCUCAGGAAGGGCAACACAACAGAAAAUGUGUAUAUGGAACUGACUCUACCCCAGUUCUAUAACUUUCUUCAUGAGAUGGAAAGAGCCAAAGCCAAUAUGGACUGCUUCAGCUGAGGACCAGAUGUUUCUCCUCUCUUGACCAAUACAGUGUUGGUGAAUCACAGAAGCUACUGAAUGUGUGUAUGAGCAUGAAUGAAUGUGUGUUAAAUGUAUGACUCUAAUGUAUCCUGGUGCACUUUGAUCUGUUUGAUUCACUAGUUUGUUUGUCUUUUAUAUCAUGAAAUCUGCUUACUUAUAAUAAUAAAACAAGUUGUUCAGUA